AGCUAUGACCUCCCACAUACACCCCUCCUCUCCUCUCUCUCUCUCUCUCUCUCUCUCAUCUUCUGCUAAGCUGUUGCAGGCUUUUUUUCUGAGCACCAUUGAUAGCUCUUCUUCUAUCUUUCACCAUGGAUGGUUUACUGUUUGCAGCCCUUAUCUUGGCCUUGGCUGGUCAUUCAAGUGCAACAUGGUGUGUGUGCAAGGAUGGAGUGGGUGAUGCAACACUACAGAAGACAUUGGACUAUGCAUGUGGAGCUGGGGCUGAUUGUAACCCAAUCCACCAGAAUGCUGCUUGCUACAACCCUAACACUCUUAAGGCUCAUUGCAACUAUGCUGUUAACAGCUUCUUCCAAAAGAAGGGUCAAUCUCAAGGAUCUUGUGAUUUUGCUGGCACUGCCUCUGUUACUACUUCAGACCCCAGCUCUACUGGUUGCGUUUAUCCUGCUAGCGCUAGUUCCACUAGCACUAGUACAUCUCCGGUGAGCACCACACCCUCAUCCACGACGCCUACUACCACGACGCCUACUACCACAACACCUUCCACCACCGUGACACCAUCCACCACCACUCCCGUGGGUGGUUCUCCUUAUGUGACAACUCCCACAGGCGUGUUAGGACCUACAGGAACCGGCAUCAACACUGACGUCAGUGAGGGCGGGCUUAUGCUUCAUCCGACAAGUGUGUUCUCUUCCUUAAUAAUCCUCAUGUUUUCGGCAUUUAUGUUCUGAUGAGGUUAGAAGAAGUCGAUGAGAAGUUUAGGGUGGUGGGGUAGAAUGGUUGGUAUUGAUGUUGAAGUUGAUGUGCAGAGGCUGGGGGCGUGCAUGUGAUUCUACUACUAGUUUGUGGGAAUAUAUCUAAAGACAACUUUAUUUUAUUUUUUGUUUUUUUCCUUACCUUUUUAACUUGGGACAGAAGAUGGGCUUUUGAGUGGUACUGUGGCUAUCAGUGGGUGUUCUCUCUCUCUUGUAACUCUAGAUCUCUAGUUAUUUAUUAAUUUGGUGAGAAUGAUGCACCCCAUGUUCCUAGUUAGUACUUUGCAAAACAUUUGUUUUAGAUAACUUGUCAUGGUGUGGCUUAUUUUAAUUUCUCUAUCUAGA